GAGUUUGUUUCAUUUCAUUUGUGUAGAACCUUCAAGCUUCUUCUUCCUCACACAUUUCUCACUUUUUAAAUACUCCAAUGAUCACCACCAACAAAAUCAACGAAUUUAGAAAAUCAGAAUAUUGGAAUAUCACUUCAUCGGAGAAAGAACGAUAAUAUGGAUUUCAGAUUGAUGGGUUUGGAUGCUCCAGUAUUGCAUGUUCUACAUCAAAUGAUGGACCUUUCAGACGACAACUCUUCCGACAAGUCAUUAUCACACAAUGCUCCGACACAGUCCUACGUUAGAGACGCGAAGGCGAUGGCUGCUACUCCGGCAGACGUGAAGGAGUAUUCAAAUUCGUAUGUGUUCGUGAUCGACAUGCCAGGGUUGAAAUCUGGUGACAUAAAGGUUCAGGUGGAAGAUGAGAAUGUGCUAGUGAUAAGUGGUGAGAGGAAGAGGGAAGAAGAGAAAGAAGGUGCAAAGUAUUUGAGAAUGGAGAGAAGAGUUGGAAAAUUGAUGCGAAAGUUUGUUCUUCCUGAGAAUGCUAAUACAGAUGCUGUUUCGGCUGUGUGUCAAGAUGGGGUUCUCAGUGUUACUGUUGAAAAAUUGCCUCCGCCUCAGCCUAAGAAACCUAGAACUAUUGAGGUUAAGAUUGCUUGAAAUUCAAACCUUGUUUUGAAUUGUGAAGUAGUGUUUGAUGAUAUCUUUGGGGCAGAGGAGUAUAAGGUUGUUCUUUUUUAUGUUUAGUAUUUGGGAUUGUUUCUGUACUAAACCACAAGGUUCUUUGGGGUGCUGCUGAGUGUAACUUUGAUUUGUAAUGCGAUUUAAUGGUUCUGUUUUUAUGGUUCA